GUUGUGGUAUGGUACCAUAUUAUGACUACCGUGGUUUUAGAUUGACUAUUAAUCAGCUGUUUUGAGUCUUGAUUAAUUCUGUCUAUCAAUAUUUCCAUAUCUUCAAUUUUGAUUCUUCUUCUUGUGACUCGUUUCUCGUAUUCGUAUGGUUGUAACUUGUAUUCUUGUUUUCUAUUAAAUAUUUUGUUUUGUGCUCGUUUAACUCGUUCUUGUUGUUUCUUUAUCUUUCGAGCACAUUUUGUGUGUCAUACUAUUUAUAAUAUUUGCACUGGUAAAUUUAAGGUAUUUAGACGGCACAACAUUAUACAGAGUACUACAUUUAAAAUGACAUAGGUGUAUUUUGGGUUUUAAUUAACGGAGGAAUAUAUGUGCAUAUUUUAAAAAUUUUACUAAUUUUUAAAUUGAAAAUUCUUACCAUUCAUCUAUCAUGGAAGUAAACAAAGACGAAGCUUAUCGCUGUUUAGAUCGUGCUGAAUAUUAUAUUAUCGAAGGCGAUGUUGAAAAAGCAGAAAAGUUCAUAAACAAGAGCAAAAAACUUUUUCCAACUUCUGAAGCGGAUGAACUAUUAAAAAAAUUAAAAACCCAAGGUACAAAAAAACAUUCAACAUCAAAUGUAAAACCGGAUGGACAAAAUGCUAAGAAACGUAAAAAUACACCUCCAGGUAGCCCUAGAGCAGAAAAAGCUAAUCAGCCAACAUAUACAAAAGCACAGUUGGACACAGUCAAAAAAGUUAACAACUGCAAAGAUUUCUAUGAUGUGCUCAGCAUAAAAAAAGAUGCUACUGAUACUGAUAUAAAAAAAGCAUAUAAAAAAUUAGCCCUAGUAUUACAUCCAGAUAAAAAUCAUGCACCUGGAGCAGCAGAAGCAUUUAAAACUGUUGGUAAUGCAGUUGCCACUUUGACUGAUGCAGAAAAACGAAAACGUUAUGACAUGGUUGGCCAUGAGAAUUCUACAUCAGAUCAUGUACACAGAAAUUAUGAUCAUGGUUUUGAAUCGGAUAUUACAGCUGAACAAUUAUUUAACAUGUUCUUUAAUGGAGCUUUUCCAACAAGACAAGGGCCAAUGACACACCCAUACUAUUCUCGAUCGUUUUCAAGACGUUGGCCUCCAGAGACUGAUAAUGAUAAUCAUCAACAACAGGAAUCAUCAAGUAUAUAUUUUCAACUGUUACCAAUUCUUCUACUACUUCUGCUAUCAUUGUUUUCAAACUUUUCCUAUGACCCUGUAUAUACUCUAAAACAUUCCCCGAAGUACCCUGUUCUUCGUCGCACAUCAUUCAGAGACAUUUCAUAUUUUGUGAAAGAUAAUUUUCAUACUGACUAUACAGGUGAUUUAAGACGUUUAGAGCAUACUAUUGAAGAAGACUAUAUAAAUACAGUACGGACAAAAUGCAUACGUGAAAAAGAAUACUAUGAGUCGUUAAUGUGGAGAGCACGUUUAGAUGAUGAUUCUACCUUAUUCAAUAAAGCGACUAAAUACCAAAUGAAAUCUUGUGAGGAGUACCAAACAUUGAUGAAACAAAAAUAUAAAUAAUUUCAUGUUCUAUAAUCUAUAAUACCACUUAGUUUUGUUUUUUUUUUUAAAUGUAAAGAGUCAAUUUAGAUGUUUACAGUUCAUAAAAUAUAUACACUGUGUAGAAUAUCACAUUUUAGUUAAAAUUUUAUAAUAUUUUGAUUUUUAAAUGAUUUUCAAUGGUAAGUAAUAUUUCUUUUAAUAAUUUCAUUAUUAUAUAUAAAUAAAUUAGAACAUUGUAGUUGGUGUAUCAAGUUAGGUACCUAUAAGAUUUCUUAAGGAUAAAUAUAAAUAUGUUUGAAAUAAUCUUUAUAAAAGACAACAUAUUAAAGAUUAUGUAUGAGCUAUUCACUUUGGCAAUUUUUGUUAUUAUAUUAAUUUAUCUGAUGUGAAAAUUAGUGGAGGUAGAUCAAAAAUAUUUGAACCUCAAAUACAAAACGGUUAAAAUAUGACCACUGACCAUACAAAUAUUAUUUAAUAAUAUACAAAUUCAUACUAAUAUAAGUAUUAUGUACCAAAUAUAAUAUACAUUAUAUUAUAUUCAUAAAUAAAAUAUUGCUUUUGAAAUUAGUUAGUUUUAAAUUGUGCGUGAUUUGUUGGCUUUUAUGUUUCUAUUUAUAUAAUAAAUUACUUUAUUAUCUCAUUGUUUUAUUGUAUUAAGGUUAUUUAGAGAAUUGUUUGUUUUAAAAUUAAUCAUCUUUUUUGUUAUUGUGUUAAAUUAUUAGUUAAAUAAUAUUUUAUACAAAACUUUGGUGUUUAAAAAUAAAUACACAUUUAUUAUA